UUAGUUGUGUGUUGUAUGUUGUGUGGUCUGCUGUUCAGAGACAUGCAUCAGAUCCUGGACGCAUUCGAGCAGCAGAAGCCCUUCUACCUGUAUACGGGCCGCGGACCCUCGUCACAGGCCAUACAUGUGGGUCACCUGAUCCCCUUCAUCUUCACCAAGUGGCUGCAGGACGUGUUUGACGUUCCUCUGGUCAUCCAGCUGACGGAUGAUGAGAAGUACCUGUGGAAGGACCUGACGCUGGAGGAGUGUCGGCGCUUCACCGUGGAGAACGCCAGAGACAUCAUCGCCUGCGGGUUCGACGUCAACAAGACCUUCAUCUUCUCUGAUCUGGAAUAUAUGGGGGCGAGUCCUGCCUUCUACAGAAACGUGGUGAAGGUCCAGAAGCAUGUGACUUUUAACCAGGUUAAAGGCAUCUUCGGCUUCACAGACAGCGACUGCAUCGGGAAAAUCAGCUUUCCAGCCAUUCAGGCAGCUCCGUCCUUCAGUAACUCGUUCCCGCAGAUCGUAAACAAACACGCAUUCUCCGGCGGGAAGGACACCAUCGAGGAGCACAGGAAGUUGGGUGGAGAUCCAGAUGUGGACGUUUCCUUCAUGUAUCUGACGUUCUUCCUGGAGGACGAUGAACAGCUGGAGAAGAUCCGACAGGACUACAGCAGCGGCGCCAUGCUGACCGGCGAACUGAAGAAGAGUCUAAUCGACACACUGCAGCCCAUCAUCGCUGAGCACCAGGAGAAACGCAAACACGUGACCGACGACAUCGUGCAGCAGUUCAUGACUCCACGCAAACUACACUUCAGCUGCUAGACUGACCCCAGAACUGUCCAAUAAAGCGCUUCAGUAACCCAA